GUUGAGCAUGUUCUCAUCGUCUGUCAUCUGAGCGCUGGAGAUCAGACUCAUCGGAGCUCGAAUGGCUCGUCUUCAUCCUCUGAUCGUUCUGCUCAUGAUUCCGGGAGUUUGUGGUCAGAGUGGUUGGGUUGUGACUUACAGCUCUUCACACAUCUGUGCACUAAAGGGCUCAACAGUGACUAUAAACUGCACUUAUACAUACCCUACUGGACAUAAGAUCAAUAUAGUGUUCUGGACCAACACUAUUGUUAGACCAACCAAUCAAGAUUUUCCAGAUCUGUCUGGGGACUCUGAAUACAGACAGAGGAUUCGGUAUCUGGGAAAUAAACAACACGACUGUAGCGUCAGACUGACUGAUGUGAGACACACAGAUUCACACGAGUACUAUUUCAGAUUCAUCACUGAUAAACCUGAAGGGAAAUGGAUCGGCAGACCUGGAGCGACUCUUGCUGUCACAGAUAAACUUGUGAUCUCCUUCAGUUCUUCUUGUGUAAUAGUGGAGGGUGGUUCAGUGACUCUGACCUGCAGCAGUGAAUCAAAUCCACCUGCGAAUAUCAGCUGGUUUAAAGAAGUAACAUUUGUAGGAUCUGGAAACAUCUACAUUAUCUCAAACAUCAGAUCUGAUCACAGUGGACAAUACAAGUGCAAGACCAGACAUUCAUGUGGAGAGAAAUAUUCUGAUUCUGUGACUUUAAACGUUUUGUAUCCUCCAAGGAACGUCUCAGCAUCCAUCAGUUCUUCUGGUGAAAUAGUGGAGGGUGGUUCAGUGACUCUGACCUGCAGCAGUGAAUCAAAUCCACCUGCGAAUAUCAGCUGGUUUAAAGAAGGAACAUCUGUAGGAUCUGGAAACAUCUACAUCAUCUCAAACAUCAGAUCUGAUCACAGUGGACAAUACAAGUGCAAGGCCAGAAAUGAACAUGGCCAGAAAUAUUCAGCCGUGACUUUAAAUGUCUUGUAUCCUCCAAAGAACGUCUCAGCAUCCAUCAGAUCUUCUGGUGUAAUAGUGGAAGGUGAUUCAGUGAAUCUGACCUGCAGCAGUGAAUCAAAUCCACCUGUUCACAUCUACAGCUGGUUUAAAGAGAAUCAAACAUCAUCUGUUGGAUCUGGACAGAGUUUCAGAGCUCCAGAGAGUGGAUGGUUUUACUGUUUGGCUCAGAAUGCAGUUGGAUCUCAGAGAUCAGCUGCUGCAUCAGUAACAGUGCAUCAUAGUUCUUAUAGACAUCUGCUGUUUGGAAUCACAGCAGCGUUUGGAGGAUUGUUGGUCAUCGCCAUUAUCAUUGUACUCAUUUGGUUUAUGAUGAGGAAUCGAAGAGUUGCAAAACCCGAAGAAGCUGCUGUGAAUCAAGUGAAUCAACAGGAUGACCUGUACUGCGUCGUUAAACAUGUUGAUCUUGCUUCCGAAUCCACCCAUUGUGAUGAUGUACAGUAUGAAAGUGUUAAACCUCAGAGACUCAGAGGAGAACAGACAGCUGCAGGAGAAGCUUCUGAAUCCAGACAUCCAGAGGAGCUCCACUACGCUACUGUCCGCUAUAAAAACACAGAGAUGAGACGAUCAGAAGAGAAUGAAAACCACUACGGAAACAUUACAAAUGACAAACCUGAUGCUUCUGUGAGGUCAAAUGUGGAAGACACCUCAGUGAUCUACAGCAGCGUACGGUAAAAUAAAGGUGGUUCAGACACAGAGCCGAUUCUUCCUAUAGGCAAACUGCGCAAGUUGAGUAGGGCCCUGCACCACCAGGGGGCCUCCUUGAGUACCCAAUCAAAAACACUAUAAUGUAAACAAGACGCGGAUUCAACUUGCCUUCGGAGUGUUCUGUUACAAACUUUACAGUAAUCAUUUGGAAUUUUCCUUUUUAAUACUUUAUUUUAAUUACUGUGACAUACUCGGACAUCAUGCAGUGCGCGCAGUUGAUGACAUGCGCAUAAUGUGAUGAUGCGUCUUACAUAUGGCUUUGAAACAAAGCUAUCCGUCUGUAGCGGAAAAACGGCAACAACGUGAAGCAAAAAGAACAAGAACUAGAAGGCAUGUGUUUUUGUACUAUUUUAAAGUCUUAUUUAGUUUUAUUAAGUACAUAUUUACAAAACAGUUGGUUUGACUGGACGUUCGAUAGUCGUGAAUUUAGGGACCGUCUCCAAAGUUACAUACACAUUAAUAUUCUAACUUCAUUAGCAUUUACAGGGAAUAUCUUAGUCACAAAACCAGGUGUACAUUGUUCAUGUGAGUCUCAGCUAUAAGGGGCUUCUGUAUUGCUUUUUUGUAAUAAUCGUACGUUUUUGUACGAUUCACAUCGUACGAAUUAGCCAGCUCAGAAAAUAGUUAUGAAUUCCAGUGAGCUCAGGUUGGUUGGGUUAAGGGGUGGAGUUAGGGGAGGGGCUGCAGUAUGGAUUUUUCUAAUAAUCUUAUGUUCUUGUAAGAUUUACAUUGUAGGAUUUCAUACGAAUCAUAAAAUAGUUAUGAAUUCCUGUGAGAUCAGGCUAUUCUGUUAGUACCGAUUCACUGAUUCUCAUCUUAACCUUUGAUAUGCCCACCAGUGAACCUCAGAAACUAUUGCACUAACCUAGCAAAGCUUCACAUUAUACUUGUUUGAGACUAUUAACCAAACAAUUGGUUUGGUUUUGACUUGCAGAACAUGCAAAAUGUUUUAGGCAACUUGUAAUGAAUGACUAUUCUUUUUAUUAUUUCUAAAUGAUUUUAUUUUAUAUAUAUGGCGCUCUUCUCAAUU